AUGAUGCCAGAUACAGGCCAAGACAACAAACUAGACAAAGAUCUAAGUCCGGAGCCGACGAGUCUUGAGGAAAACGAAGCUCAGCAGGUCGGCCAUGAUGAAGAUAAAGAUGUUCAUGAAGAUGGGGGAAAUGACGAACCUCAAAUGCCCGAAGUUAGAGUGAAGCAUUCCCUCACUUUUGACAACGAAUCCAUGGAGUCUGUUCAAUUGGGUGAAGAGUCCGGACUCGAACAGUUGGAUGAACAACAAGAAGAGGAUGAAAAAUACGAGCAGCUUCAUGGGCAUGUUCCAGAGCAUAUUCCUGAAGGUGAAUCAACUCCCGAGGCACAGUCGGAGGCCGCUGAAGAGCAUGAAACGGUUAAGGAAAAGGUUGGUUUUUAAAAUUAUAUUAUUCUUGAUGUUUAGAAGAGUCUUUCGCCAACUUCCAGUCUAAGUACUCAUGCUGCUUUGAAGGAAAGAAAGUCAACAAUUGACAGAAGUGGUGAGACACCAGAGGAGACAUUCAAGCGGUUGAUUGAGAGCAUUGAAUCAGGAGAAUACAAUAAUAACACAGUUGUUGAUGGAGUAUUUAAUGUGGUGAGUAAUUUUGGUUGUUUUUCUUUGAAGUUCAGAGUGCAAAUGAUGUUGUGAGGUAAAAUCUGUAUGGAGAGGAUAAUUUUGACUUUGUUUUAGCUGGUUGGAGGUCCAUUCGACAUCGAAUCUCGCUUUUCCAUUGAAAGUCAUGAAACCAUUUUGGGGAUGCUCAAAGUUUUGGACGUAGCUCCCGUCGAUUUGCAGGUAUGCACUUACUACUUUGUUUUGUGUUUAGACGAUGCUGUCAGCUUGAAAAUGGGCUUACGUUUGAGAGCAAUAUCACUUAUUCAAUAUCCGAAUUAAUCGGUGUUGUUUUAGAUCCAAAUUCUCACAGUUUUCGUUGGAAUUUGCCGGAAAAGCUUCCGAAAUUUGGAGAAAUGCACAAGGAUUGGGUUGAUCUCACUGUUCCUCGAUAGAAUCCCAAAUGACGAUCCAAAAGUCGCGGAUUUACUGGUCGAUUUGCUCUCGAUUCUAACGAAUUAUUCGAUCACUGUAAAGGAAACGAAACAUUUCUUGAGGGCUUUACAGGCUGAAAAUGGCAAAUGGGUAAGUAUAUUUGUUUUUGUUUGGUUUUUAGGUACAUCGCACUUGAUUCUCAAACUUUUUUGAUUGAAUUUGAAAGACGUGAUGUCAAGGAGAAUGUAAUGUUUAUGUUUCAGCGGCGAAAUUCGGCAAAAUUGCUCAAAGUUAUGUUGGAAAUGCCUAAACGCGAUGGCUGUGAUGUGUUUUUCUCAUUCCCAGGGAAUGCUGGAGCUGUAAGUACUCUUUUUUUGUCUAGUGUAGUAUAACAAGAAGAUUGAAACUGGAAUAAUUUCGAAGUUUUUUUGAAAAAUUUUAUGGAAAUUGUACUAAAGUGAUGUUUCCAGGGUAUUGCGCUUCCUCCGUUGUCCAAAUGGCCUUAUCAGAACGGGUGGACUUUCUCCACAUGGUUCAGAAUGGAUCCCCUGAACAGUGUCAAUUUUGAAAAGGAGAAACCAAUUCUUUUCGAGUAAGUGAUUGUUCAUUGCUCUUAUUUUAAAAUGAACUACCUGUUUUAGCCCUCAAAUAGUAAUAUUAUAUUUAUUUUUCAGUUUCAAAACCGCCAAAGGUGUCGGAUAUACGGCGUAUUUUAUGGGCGCUUGCCUGGUCCUCAAUGUGAAGAGAGGAACAAGUAAAGAGCUCACAAAGUGUAUAAAAUUUGAGUUUACAUCCCGUCGAUGGCAUCAUAUUGUCUUGUCAUUCGUCUACGCUCGAUGGGGACAAAGUGAAAUUCAAGUUUUUAUUGAUGGACAACUGGUCGAAACUAUUCAUAAUUCUUGGUAAGUUGUGGUGGAAGUUUUGAAAGUGGGAGAGAUUAGAAAUAUAGCGACUUUUUGAUGAUUUCCCAAGUCAUCAAAAAUGGUAGUGUCAAGUGCAAUAUAAAUUUAGUCUCAGGUUUGGAUUUUUUCGUAUUAUUGAAGAUUCUUGGUAGGUAAUAAGGCAUUUAGAUUUCUCAGAUGUUAUUUUUAACGAAAAAAUUGGGUGAAUUUUGAGAUUUUUUACAUUUGAUAGCUAAAAAUCCUAGAUAAUAUAAAUUUUCGAAAAUGUUUUAAACUUUAAUGCAGAUUUUUCCUUUAUUAUUAAUGAGGGAAGAUUGGGAAGACAUUUAGAUCCAUUUCAUCUAUUUGGACAUUGUUUUUUAUAUUAUACUUGACAUUUUCAGGUAUGUCAAUUCCUCCGAACACUUUGACCGCUGUUUUGUUGGCUGUGGCCCCGAACCCAACCCAAAUGAGGCGUUUUGUGGCCAACUGGGCGCGGUCUACUUAUUCUCUCAGCACCUCUCCCCGGAUCAAGCCAAUUGCCUCUACAGUUUGGGCCCAACAUAUCAAUCUCUAUUUAAACAUGACGCCGAAUCCAAUCUCCCCGAAGGCUAUAAGAAGCAUCUGUUUGACGGAAGACUUCAUAAUUGGCUGGUGUUUGCAUACUCACCCAAAAAUUGUCAUGGCCAACUCUGUUUGUACAAUGGAGGGAGGUCCGAUUAUUUCGUGCAGAUCCCCCAUGCCGUCAUGAAGGAUGUAAGUGGAAAUUUAUAGCGGGUUUGAGAAUUUCUGACGUUAAUUUAGUCUUUUUGUUUAUGAAAAUGAGAAUUUUUUGCAAAGAAAUGAGGGUUUGACAUAAGUUUAUAUUAAUUUAGGUAUUAAAUUUUAUUUCGUAUUUUACAUAAAUUUUUUUAGCCGGUAGAAGUGAUAACAACCCACUCCAUCCACAACUCCCUCCAUUCCGUCGGUGGAAUUCAAAUGCUUUUGCCAUUAUUUGCUCAAAUCGAUCUUCCACAUGAAGGUGCACCAAAGUUGGAUUAUGAAUUAUGGUAGGAUUUGAGUUUAUAAUGGAAUGGUAAAUGCAGAUUCGUAGUUUUUAGUGGUUGUAGGGUAUUUUUGAAAGAUUUUUUUGUUAUUUUAGGCGAUUUUUUUAUUUUUCAUUUUUGAAAUUUUUUGAAUUUUUGCAUAAUUUAUUUUGGGUUAGAACGUACAAGGUUGUUUUGAGACUUUUGAAGGGGUUUAUUUAUAUAUCUUUGUCCGAUUUAUUUGACUUUUUGUUAAUAUGAGAUUUUUUGAAAAUCUGGGAAUUUGGUAGUUUUUUUUGAAUGUUUUCGACUGUUUUAUAAGUAGUAUAUCCUCGAACUUGCAGCUCAUCAAUGCUCUCUGUGAUUUCCCUCCUCCUUGAGACUUCAGUCCGCGCUCAGCAGCAGCUCUUUUACUCCCAAGGCUUCGUUAUCAUCGCUCAUGUCCUCCAACACGCCGCCUCCCCGGAACACCUGAGUGUGAUGGUCCUGGACUCCUUUAUCAACAUCACCAAACUCCUCAUCAACUCCUCGACCGGGAUUCCCCUUCUGAAACAACUUUUCGAACAUGUUUUCUUCGCUCCGCCCCUCUGGAUCCGAGCCUCGGCCCUGAUCCAAGUCCGACUUUAUGAGUACAUGGCGGUGGAUUUGUUCACCAAUCCCGUGAAUUUGACGUAUGUGAGAAGGACCCCGAUUGUGGUGCAGCUGAUGAAUGCCGUCAAGAACUAUUAUUGGAUGGUUCCGACUGGGAAAUCGGAGAAAUUGAAAGAGCUCAGAUUUGAUGAACAAGGUGAAGAUAAAUUGGAUCGAAGCUCGAUUAUUCGGAUUAGAUCGGCGAUUUUGCAGGUAAGUGGAGGUAGUAGAAGGAGUGAAGAAUGUCAGUGUGAAUUUUUGAUUAAUUUUACAAUGUUUUAGCUGGUCAAUCGGCUCAUUUUCCAAACCGUCCCAUCCAAUUUCCAAGAUGAAAAGGAAGCCAAACGAGAUGAGGAAUUGCAAUGUCUCUUCAAUUUUGUUGCCACGGAAUCCGAGGAUGAGAAUAUUUAUGACGUACUGACAUUUAUUAUGAGGCUGAUGAACGAUCAGCCGGCUGUGAUGAUCCCUGCCUAUGAUAAGAAAAAGGGAAAUUGCGUGAUUUUCAAAUUGCUGGGAUCGGCGAAUGAAACUGUCCGGCUCACAAGUUUGAAGAUUUUUGGGUCCUUUUUGUGUCGAAGCACGGCAAAGUGAGUUUUUUUUAAAAUUUUGGGAGCAUUGUUAGAGAUUUUACACUUCUAUUUUGAUACGUGUUAUGUCCAAAAAUAUCGUUGGCAAGUCUAGUGUAAUAUAACUUUUCCAAUUUUUUGGUCAAAAAUUGUUUGAAAUGUAGAAUAAAUAAUUUUUAUGACAUUCCAGGCGAAAAUCCGAGGCCGUCAAUCAAAUGAAUCUCCUCCAUUUACUCACCACCCGCCUCAUGAACAACUCCAAAAGUUUGAGUAUGAAGACCUACAAUGUCCUCUUCGAGAUCCUUGUGGAAUGCGUUACGUGCGACCCGAAUUUCGCUAAACGUGAGGAAUAUCAGUACGAGAAAUUGAGGUUCGAAAACUCGGCGUUGUUAAAAGUCAUUGCCAAUUUGUUGGAGGAAAGCGAACAAACCCCGGAAUUGAUGGAAGUGAAGCGAGUUUUCGUCAUCGAUCUGAUCAAAAUCUGCAAAGAUAGCCGAGAAAAUAGAAGAAUUGUCCUGCAGAUGUCGGUCUGGCAGGAGUGGCUCAUCUCUUUGGCCUAUGUUUAUCCCAAAAAUGACUUGGAAGCAACAAUUUCGGAGUUGGUCUAUGAAUUGUUUGCCAUCCUCUUAUAUCAUGCCAUCAGAUUGGAAUAUGGAGGAUGGAGAGUGUGGGUGGAUACUCUGGCAAUAGCUCAUUCAAAGGUAAUUUUGUUUUAAAAUACGGGGCAUCCGGUUGUGUCUAUUUUAUCGACCUUGUUUUAGGUAUCACUGGAGAAAAACUCUCUGAAAAAGCUCCCCAAAUCGAACGGCACGAACAGCGAAGCUGAGGAGGCUCAGAAAAUAAACAACAAGGAAGAUGAAGGCCCCACAGCGAUCUAUCGAACCCCUGAUUUUGUAUGGUCAGAGGUUCAUGUUAGACUUCUAGAUGAUUUGCUAAAAAAUAUUGAAAAAGUGGUCGAAGAAUGGGCUCAAACAACAACGCCCUUGGUGGAUCAUGUCAAUAGUAACGAUAAUCAGGUGAGAAGAGGUGUUUUAGAAGGGAUUUGGGAACAAAAAAUUGCGCCAGAUACAAAAUUUUACCUUAAAAAUUGCAGGUAUUUGUCUCCAACACGGUCCACGUCCUCUCCCAACUCUCGGACAGCUUGAUUAUGGCCUGUGGCGGGCUUCUCCCCCUCUUGGCCGCUGCGACAAGCCCAAAUUCGGAGCUGGAAAUCCAAGACAACACUCAUCAAGACAUCUCCAUCAAAACUGCUGUUGGCUUCUUAAUUCGCUUUGUGGAGUUGGCAGAUACAUUCAUCUUUAUCUCCGGAGUCAGCUUCAGCGAAUUGGAACAGGAGAAGAACAUGCCGCCUGGAGGGAUUUUGAGACAAGCCCUGAGAUUGGGUAAGUUUUAGUGGUGGAUUUUUUGCUGGCCGGAUUUUUAUUUAUUUUUUUUGAGGUAGUUGUCUCGAAAAUACAUUGUAAAUUUUGGCACUGUGCAAAGAAGCUUGAAUUUUGCACUGUGCGAUGCCAAAAAUAGGCUAAAAAUGGUCUUGCACAGUGCAGUCAGCUCGAAUUUUUGCACCGUGCAAAGUACAAAGUUUUACAAAGGAUUUAUUUUUGAUUUUCAGUGUCCACAAUGGCCGUCCGCAACAUCCUCGCCUGCCGUGUCGGCCAAAAGGAACGAGGUUUCAGCGAGAACACCGUCAAACACCGUCAAAAAUACAUGGCCAUCCUGGAAUUCAUCGACGGCGCCCUGGAUAAUGUAAGUCCUCCCCAAGCCCCCUACUAACCCUGAAGGUGUUGUGCGAGAUCUUAUGCAAUGGUGUGCUUCAGAAGGACCCGGCCAAAGGCAUCUCCAACAUGGACCGCCUACUCCAAGAAGUGGAUAUGCAGCGAUUGAAAGGGGUGAUUUAUCGAGACAUGGAGGAGAACCGACAAGCUCAAUUCUUGGCUCUGGCGGUCGUAUAUUUCCUGUCGGUUCUGAUGGUAUCGAGAUAUAGAGAUAUUUUGGAGCCACCCACCUCACCCAGCCCGUUCUUUGACACCAACUCGGAUAGCUCGGCCAGGAGAAAAAGUGGUAAGAAUGAGGUUUUUUGGAGGAAUGGGGAUUUGUUUGAGGACUAGAAAGAUUUUAGAUGAAUUUUGAAGAUUUAGGAUGUAUUGUUUUUACUUUUUAUUUUCAGUUGAAUCUCAAUCCGCCCACUCCUCAGUCUCGAAUCAGCAGACAGUCGACAAGGAGAGCGAAGACGGAAGCGUCAAAGAUUCGGAAGACGCGAAGCCAACGAACGGCGUAGAGAAAGUCCCAGACUCCUCGGAAUCCUCCGACGAAAAAGAGAACGCCGACAAUCGGAAUGGCGGCGAAAUUUCAGCCAUAAAAUUCGACAACGAACAAGUUGCCUUGGACGACGCCGAAAAAUACGAUGAAAAUCACCUGCAACGAUUCACAGCCGGAAAUGUCAAGCAGUUCGACGCAGGAGAACGACGAAUUUAUCUGACGGACAAACUUCAGAAGUCCCUGGAAUCGGUCUCCCCGCUCUUCCGAGAGAUUAUGGCCGAUUUCCGAUCGUUCUUGCAAAAGACUUUACUUGGCACACAUUCUCAGGAAAUUAUGAACGAUUUGAAGGUGAUGCAGACCCUGAAAAAUCAGAAUGGAUCAGUCAUUGAGCUGGUCAUGUUGUUGUGCUCGCAGGAAUGGCAAACUUCGCUGCAAAAGCAUGCCGGCCUGGCUUUUAUUGAACUGGUCAAUGAAGGUGGGUAGGAUAAUAUGGAAUUUUAAAUUUAGGGGAUUUUUGAAAUUUUGGUCUACAAAAUUUGUUUGAUAUUAGUUGUUAUAGCUCAGGGAGAGCGGACAAUCAAUAUUUUUUUAUCUGACCGGGGUUUUCUUUUGUUUUAAUUCAAUUUUUUUUGCACGGUGCGGAGAAGCAGAAUUUUUGCACUGUGCGACGCAAAAAAUAGGCUAAAAUCGGCCUUGCACAGUGCAGUAAGCUGGACUUUUCGCACAGUGCAAAAUUUUUGAUCAAAAAAAACGAAGGGUUUAUGUUUGGAUUUUUUUUUGGUUUAUCGCUAAACGUCUGAAUUUUCUUUUCAGGUCGAUUAAUGGCUCAUGCCACUCGAGAUCACAUUGUUCGAGUCGCCAAUGAAGCUGAUUAUAUCCUGAAGAGACUCAGCGCGGAAGAUGCCCAGAAACACACAAAAUUCAAUGAAGAUUCAUCCGAAGAGCUUGAAGGAAGACGAAAAGAAACCAAAAUUACAGACCAUCUGAUACAGUCGGCUAGACGAAGGGACUUUGCAAUUGCUGCCAAAUCUCUGGAAAGGACGAGAAAUGUAUUGGUCAGCCCAAGUGGACCAUGGGCAGAAGGAGAUGCAGCGAAAAAGUUAGUUUUUUUUUAAAUUUGAAGGGUCUUUGGGGGUUGUUAUUUGAAGGGUCUUUUGGGGUUUUUGGAAAGACGGUAUUUGAUAUGGAAUUGGUGAAAAUCUUAUAUUUUGACAUUUUGCACCCAAAUUUAUUACAUGUUUUACAUUUCCAGACAAACCUUCUGGCGCCUCGACCCCUGGGAAGACGACUCUCGCCGUCGAAAGCGCUUUGUCCCCAACAUUUUUGGAUCAACCCACCCGGAAGCGGUUCUCGAUAAAGAAUCCGAUGCCGUCCAAGACGCUGAAGCCCAGUUAGAAAAGCUCUCCGAAGAUGAACGGGAACAGAUGCUCAAAGACCUGGCCAAACGAAUGAUCACGACAGGAAGAACGAAUCAACUUGCCGCCGAAUUGGUCGAUGAAUCGGAUAUUGAUAAAUGGGCCACGGAAGAGCUGGAAACGAGGGAACAAAGAGGAGGUAAGGCAGUGUAAUGUAAUCGAUGUGAUGAAAUUGAAAACUAGAGAAGUUUUUAAUUCGAGUUUUUUUUGCACUGUGCAAAUAGACCAGAUUUUUGCACUGUGCGAUGCCAAAAAUAGGCUAAAUUAGGCCUUGCACGGUGCAAUGAGCUCUGUUUUUCGCACUGUGCAAAAAUUUUCGUUUUAAAAAUUUUGGGGAGCGUUAAAAAAGGUGCUAUAAUAAUUGAUGUUGGAUUGCAGAACGAGCCUCAUUCAGCACCCCAGCACAACUGAUUGCGUCUGUCGUAGCUGUCCCAGGCACAGUAAGCAUCACCCAAUCGGACGUCUACUUUGAUGCGGAUGAAGAAGAUCCGACCUUCAAAAAGUUGGAUCCAAAGGUAGGUUUGGAAGCUUUGAGGGGUUGCGGAUAUAUGUGGGAUAGCUUGAAAACUCGGCAAGAUGUUAGAAAUCUUGUGAAAGCAUUUUUUGUCAUGGAUAAUAUGGAGGGCUAA